UAAAAGCUCAGUCAGCCGCUGCGUGCACACUAGUGGGCACCGUGCGCUCACUGACUCCUCACGCCGCAAGGAAGCCCACUGCAAACAUGUCGCAGUACGUCCUGGCAGUCCAUCUGCAGGUGCUGCUGGCCGUGCUUCUGGCCGUCUUCUGCUACUGCGUGGUGCUCGCCGUCAUUCUCUGCUGCCGCCGAAAGAAGGCCACGGCCGCGGAGGACAAGGAGGCGUCCGUCACUUGUCCCCGUCCCAGCGAGCGUGUCACCGUGACCUUAACCCCGGCGUUGUGCACCAGGCCCGUCAGGCAGCAGUACGAAGAGCUGGACGGGGACGUGCUGGACUUCACCUCCUCUAAAAGCAGCUCCUCCCCCUCUGAGGACGACCUGAGUGAUCUGCCCUUUGACCCCAGGCCCACCAGGUCGGUCAGUCUGUCCCCUAGCAGCUCAUCGCCGCUGCGCCGCCUCAGCUCUCCGGUUGUUCCAGCAGCAUCCCGUAAAGGUUCCAGUCAUACCAGGGCGUCUUUGCCGUCCCUCACUAAGCUGGUUCCGAAAUCUCGCUGGGCGAAGGGCCGCCGCAGCACCUUGAGCGGUGAAACUCUUACAUCCUGCCAGCAGGGGGCGCCCUCUCCAUUACAGUAUGGCUCUACGGCGUCCUCUGUCCCCGCCAAGGCCACCCCCUUGCUGCACUUCUCCCUGCUUUACUCAGCAUCCGGCACCCUGGUGGUCAGGAUCUUGGGACUGUCGGGGGCCGGUCGGAGGCGCAGCAGCAGGAUGUCGGUGCGGGCCAGCCUGCCGCCUCUCCGCCCCGAGCCCCAGCAUGUGGCCUCCCGACGCCACAGCCUCAGCCCGGAGCUGCAGAGCCAGAGCUUGGAGAUGCAGGUGGGCUCGGUGGAUGAGCUGCGGGGGUGCACGCUGAGACUGGAGGUCUACAGUCGCGACUUCUCCGGCCUGAGGGAGGUGGCGCUGGGGGUGGUGGAGCUGCCCUGUCAGCACCUGGACUGGGAGCCCGACACCACAGCGACCUGCACGCGCCAGCUCAGCCCGACUAAAAGCAAACUCAAGAAGAGUGUGAGCUCUCAGGACACAUCAUCUCGGAGGAAGAGUUCACUUUGCACGUCGCCGCGACCUCUGGGCCAACUCUUUGUGCUGCUUCAGUACCAGUCGCUGGCCCGCCGUGUCAAGGUGAUGGUACGCAAGGCAGAGAACCUGGCCAAGCUGACGCGCAUCCCUGGAGCUCCAGACCACUACGUCGUCAUCAAUCUGCACCACGCUGGCAAAGUCAUUGGCACCAAGGAGACCAAAGGAGCCGGCGGGUGGAACCCCGUUUGGAACGCUCCCUUCUUAUUCGACCUGCCGGCCGGUGACGUCGCUCAGCUGCCGUUGCUGCUCGAGUUCAUCGUCAUGCAGGGUCGCCUCUACACCAAGACCAGCGUUCUGGGUCGCGUGCUGAUCGGCAGCCAUGUUUUGGAGGCGGGGCAAGGACACUGGAAGGACAUGUGCAGCCGAGGGCCGGCAGAGACCGCCCGCUGGCACGACAUCCAAUCAGAUGUUCAGCGUCUGAUAUGAAUGAUUCUGAACUCAUUCAUUCAUUUAUUAUUGUUUCGCGAGAACCACUGUGUCUGAUAUCAGCCGUCCUGAAUCCAUUCAUUUGUUAUUGUCUCACGAGAACCACUGUGUCUGAUAUCAGCCGUCCUGAAUCCAUUCAUUUGUUAUUGUCUCACGAGAACCACUGUGUCUGAUAUCAGCCGUCCUGAAUCCAUUCAUUUAUUAUUGUCUCACGAGAACCACUGUGUCUGAUAUCAGCCGUCCUGAAUCCAUUCAUUUGUUAUUGUCUCACGAGAACCACUGCGUCUGAUAUCAGCUGUCCUGAAU